AUGACGAGAAAAGAGAUCACAGCCGGCUCAAAAGAGAUCUCUUCUAUGGUUGAGCAAAUGUACCGCUUCCAAACGACUGCCCUCGACUCCACCGACGACCUUAACGCUACGGUCAUCCCUGAUCAUGAUGCGCACAUCCUAGGAGGUUCAAUUUUGCGGGCAGAGAUCCCCCGGCAGGAGCAGCUGAGAUCCAUCCAGUCGCAGCAAAACAGUCUCUUCUACGAACGGGAGAAGAUGAUCCAGGGACUGCAGAAUCAAUUGGGCGGCACAGCAGCCGCCGACGGAGUCGCGGCGCACAGCGGGUCCGACAGUCCCGGUCAGCAAGACGAUCCUACCACGCAUGCCGAUCAAAGGGGCCCAUCUCGGGAUACGGGUCCACCGAUGGGCGUUAUGUUCGGCCCAUCCACAUCCUUUUGCGAGACCGGAAGGCAAGUGGCCGAGUCCUUCACACUGAACCAAAGACAAAGCAUAGCGUUGCAGUUGAUAUGUGAGGGAGGCACCGGCAAGUCUCGCGUCAUUGCUGCCAUCGCGGAAUUGUUCGUUCGUACGGAACAAUCCCAUCGCCUGCUAUUGACGGCGACGUCCGGCACAGCGGCCGCGAACAUCAAUGGAGUCACUAUCCAUUCCGUUUGCGGAUUUUCUAAAGACACAGUCGCGAGAGUAGGCCGCGCCGGUGACCCAGACGGCUUCGCAUCGUCUGGCUCGGCAGCUCUCCGCAUCGACGGGCAGACCAAGAUGGACUGGCAGGAGAAACAGGUCUUGAUCAUAGACGAAAUCAGCAUGCUGGGCGCUCAGACGCUGCACGCCGUCAACGAACAGCUCUGCAGAUUGAGAGUCUGCUCGAGACUUCGGUGGGAUUCCGCUGGUCAUCUUUUGCGGCGACUUCCAUCAGUUCCGUCCCGUGCAGGAGCGAUCGAUCCUCCUCCCCAGCACCUCUACUACCUGGGAAAGAGAUAA